AUGGAGAAUACCACCCCCAUCGCAGUACCCCCUGUUGCUAUGCUUGUUCCAUCCAUGGCAAUGACUGUUGAUCCUACAGUGGCUCCUACAGUAGAGACUACACUACCUAAUCCCUGUCGUGACAUUGUCCUCUACCAGUUGGAGGUCAGUGGUUCUGCUCAUCAUCAUGAAUACAUUUUCGCGAUGGAAAUGUUUAGAGAAGGAGGUUCCACCUCGAGACCUCUGAUGCUGGAAGGAGCCAACUAUCCAUACAGGAAAACCAAGAUGUGUGCUUUCUUGAGAGCUGUAGAUGAAAGAGUAUGGAUGUCCAUAGAAGAAGGGUGGUGGAAACAAAUGAUGAUGGAGAAUGAAAUCGUUAUUCCCAAACCUAUGACCCAGUGGACCACAGUUGAAACGGAAAGAGCUAAUUUCAACUCGAAGGCCCUUCAUGCUUUGUUUAAUGUUGUCUCCACUAAUCAGUUGAAGGUCAUAGCCAAUUGUGAAAUUGCAAAGGAAGCAUGGGAGAAGCUGAAAAUUAAAAACGAGGGAACUGAUGCUGUCAAGAAAUCAAGACUGCGUGCCUUGGCAAAGGCCUUUGAAAAUCAGACCAUGGAGGAGGAUGAGUCCAUAGCUGAAUUCCAUGCAAAAUUGUGUGAUAUCUCAAAUGAAUCAUAUGCUCUAGGGAAAACUUACUCUAAUUCAAAAUUGGUUCGAAAGGUGCUUGGUGUUCUCCCCAGAAGAUUCAUUUCCAAAGUUUCCUCAAUCCAACAAAUGAGAAACAUUGAGGAACUCAAUCUUGACGAACUCAUCGGGUCCUUGCAAAAUUAUGAGCUAUCAUUGUCCAGGUGGAAGAAAACCAAGAAACAGAAGGAGGUGGUGAAAGAAAAGUCAGAUGCAAGCAUUGCACUUAUUCACCAAGAAAACAAGAAACCAGAUCUAGAAGAAUUGAAUGGCAUUACUGACGAAACUGUUGCCUUGUUGACGAGGAACUAUGAAAAAUUCUUGAAAAAGAACUACAGAAGAAAUUCCCCAGCUGACAAAGAAAAUUUUCUCAAGAGAAACAAAGGUGUCAAUGUCAAACAAGGACAAGCCCCUACUGAUCAAAAAGGUCGAGGAAUUAAGUGCAGAGAGUGUGAUGGAUAUGGCCACAUCCAGGCUGAGUGCGCCAACACACUAAAAAAGAAGAAGGCCCUUACAACAACCUGGAGUGAUAGUGAAGAAGAAAAGAACUCCACAGCCACUGAAGGAUCAGAUGAGGAUAAGCAGAUCCGUGUUCUAAAGAGUUCAUUAGAGCAAGUGGAGACUGAAAAAGGAAAGUUAGAAGACACUGUCAAAAACCUCAACAGACUUCUUGAUGAAAAGGAGAAUGAGAUCUAUAAACUCACAACUGAUCUAAUUAGAACCAAGCACGCUUUACAAUUCAUUCCCCCAAGCACUGCAGCUAUCAAUCAAACCCUACAGCUCUAG